AUGGCUGCAAUGUCACAUUCUCCGGUGACAUUUACUGGAAAUUUGGCUUCUGGAACUUCUGCUUCAGAUCUUCUCCGAAGCUCAAGUAAUGUUGUCACUGGUGUGCCACUUAGAGCCCUAGGGAGAGCACGGUUGGGUCCAAAGAGGAGGGAUUUUACUGUAUGUGCAAAGUUAAGGAAGGUGAAGAAGCACGAAUAUCCGUGGCCUGAUGAUGCCGGUCCGAAUGUAAAGGGUGGAAUCCUUAGUCAUCUCUCACCUUUCAAGCCUUUGAAAGAGAAGCAGAAGCCCGUGACGUUAGAUUUUGAAAAGCCUCUUAUGGAUCUACAGAAAAAAAUCAUUGAUGUGCAAAAGAUGGCAAAUGAAACUGGUCUGGAUUUCAGUGAUCAGAUUAUCUCGUUAGAGAAUAAGUAUCAACAGGUUAGACAAAUGUUGCAUGCCUCUGAUAUACUCUACCUUCCUUACGCUCUUAAAGAUCUUUACACGCAUCUGACUCCUAUACAACGCGUGAAUAUUGCCCGGCAUCCUAACAGGCCCACUUUUCUUGAUCAUGUCUUUAAUAUUACUGAGAAGUUUGUAGAGCUUCAUGGUGAUCGAGCAGGUUAUGAUGAUCCUGCUAUUGUCACUGGUCUUGGAACGAUAAAUGGCAGAAGCUACAUGUUUAUGGGUCAUCAGAAAGGUAGAAAUACAAAGGAGAACAUUCAACGCAACUUUGGGAUGCCUACACCUCAUGGUUACCGGAAGGCUCUGCGAAUGAUGUAUUAUGCAGAUCACCACGGAUUCCCCAUUGUUACUUUCAUUGACACUCCAGGGGCAUAUGCUGACCUUAAAUCCGAAGAACUUGGCCAAGGCGAAGCCAUAGCUCACAACUUGAGGACUAUGUUUGGUCUGAAGGUACCAAUUAUUUCCUUUGUUAUGGGGGAAGGUGGCUCUGGUGGUGCUCUGGCUAUCGGUUGUGCUAACAAAUUGUUGAUGCUUGAAAAUGCAGUCUUCUAUGUUGCCAGCCCAGAAGCAUGUGCUGCAAUCUUGUGGAAGAGUGCCAAAGCCUCUCCAAAGGCAGCUGAGAAGCUUAAGAUAACUGCUGGAGAGUUGUGCAAGCUCCAAAUUGCAGAUGGCAUCAUCCCUGAGCCGCUUGGUGGUGCUCAUGCUGAUCCAUACUGGUGCUCAUUGCAAAUAAAAAAUGCAAUUACUGAAACAAUGGAGGAACUUUUAAAGAUGGACACACAAGAGCUGUUAAAGCAUCGGAUGCUCAAGUUUCGAAAACUUGGUGGGUUCCAAGAAGGGGUUCCAGUUGAUCCGAAAAAGAAAGUUAACAUGAAAAAGAAAGAAGAACCCAUUCUCCAGCCUGGGAAAAUUUCAAGCCUGGAGUUGGAGGGUGAGGUUGAGAGACUGAAACAGCAGAUUUUGAAAGCCAGAGAGUCCACUGGAGAGCCUUCAGAGUUGGGUCUGAACAAGAUGAUAAAGAAACUGAAAAGAGAGGUUGAUCAUGAACUUUCUGACGCUGCUAAAGCUAUGGGUUUGAAGGACAAAAUUACAAUGUUGCAGGAAGAAUUUGCAAAAGCCAGGAAUUCAAAGGACCAGCUCAUGCAUCCAUCUGUAAAGGUCAAGAUUGAAAAGCUUAUGGAUGAGUUCAGCCAAAGUCUGUCCACAGCUCCUAAUUAUGCAAGCCUGAAACAUAAGCUUGACAUGUUAAAGGAAAUAACUGAAGCCAAGAUUGUAUCAGAGAAAAACAAUAAGGCAGGUUCAAUGAAGCAGGAAAUAAAUAAGAGAUUCAAAGAGGUCAUUGACCGGCCUGAUGUGAAACAGAAGAUUGAGGCACUAAAGGCCGAAAUCGAAAAUUCUGGGAUGUCCAGAAUUCAGGAUUUAAACCAGGAUCUGAAGAAGAAAAUUGUGCAGAUAAAGGAAGACAUAGAGUUUGAAUUCGCUGAUGUUCUUAAGUCUUCAGGUUUGCAUGUCUACCCACCUUCAUUCUUAGACGUCAAGUCAAAGGUAGAUCAGUUUAAUGAGGAAAUUAAUGACAUAAUGAAAAAUGUUAUCGGUACGUCUGAAUUGAAAGCCAAGAUUGAUCUUUUGAAGAUGGAAGUAGCAAAGGCAGGAAAAACACCUGACUUGGAAUCAAGAAAUAAGAUCCAGGCUUUGGAGCAGCAAAUAAAACAGAGCCUGGCAGAGGCUAUGAGUUCCCUGGCAUUAAAAGAUAAGCACGAGAAGCUGAAGGCAGAGAUUUCUGAAGCCGCUGAAUCUUCUGGAGGAUCAAAUGGAAGUUUGAUCACAGAAAAUCCGAAAGUAGAGACCAACUUAGAGGCAAACCGCAGCUUUGCCUGAUAUGCAAUGGUGUGGAAGUAUGGGAACUAAACCAUGGUGGUUGAUAAAUCUGUUGAAAUUACAUCAGUGUCUGCAAAGAUGGGACUUUCUUCAACUUGCACUCUUUUUCCUGGUUUCCAGCAUCAUCUCCUUCCAGGGUCCGAGGUUUUUCAUCUGCAGGAAUAUCUGUUUAUAACCUCAAAUUUUCCGAUUUUGAAUUUCUUUAGUGCUUCCUUGUUUUAUUUUUCUUCUUCCGUUUAAUUGAUCAGGUUUCGAUAGAUUGAAGUUGUCUUUAUAUUUAUUUUGAUAGACACAGGACACUGUAUAAAUAGUGUGAGUUCCUGGGAAAAGCUGAACUUCAUGCUUUCAAAUACCAGGAAGAGCAAAAUGGAGAUUAGGUUCCGACUAGUUUAUGGGUCUUUUCUAUAAUAAAGGGGGAAAAACUAUCUUGCUUAGUUUGUUGUCGUGUUAUGAAAUUCCCAUUAGAUAUGAGUUUGCUCUCAUUGAGAUUGUGUUUUUCUGUAAGCACUUU